AGGUUCAGCCCUUGGACGUCAUCGAAGAGAAGAGCCCGUAUGUAAACAAGUCCGUUAUGGCCUUCAGCAGGAUUCUCGGAAAGGUUGGCAGGCAGUUAUACCGGCCAUGGGCUUCCUGCCAGGCUCCUCUGCGGCCCACGUCGUCACAUACGAUAGCUGUGGAGCAGUCUGCCCCUGCAGGCACCGGGUUCCCCCCACUCCAGACCUUCACAGAGGAGGAGGCCAUGAUGAGGGAUGCGGUGAGGAAAUACGCUCAGGAGCGUGUCGCUCCGCUCGUAUCCGAGAUGGAUGAAAAUUCUUCCAUGGCUGAUGAAGUGAUCAAAUCUCUCUUUGAGCUGGGGUUGAUGGGCAUUGAAAUAAGUACAGAAUACGGAGGCACUGGCUCCUCCUUCUUCUCCUCUGUGCUGGUGAUCGAGGAGCUGGCGAAGGUGGACCCGUCAGUGGCCGUGUUGUGCGACAUCCAGAACACGCUGAUCAACACACUGAUGUCCAACCUGGGCACGGAGGAGCAGAAGGCAAAGUACCUGCCCCGUUUGGCCACAGACAUGAUCGGUAGCUUUUGCCUGUCGGAGGCGGGGUCAGGGAGCGAUGCCUUCGCUAUGAAGACCAAAGCGGAGAAGCAUAAAGAUUAUUACAUCAUCAAUGGCUCCAAGAUGUGGAUCAGUAGCGCAGAGCAUGCAGGAGUCUUCCUGGUCUUGGCCAAUGCAGAUGUCUCUGCAGGCUACAGGGGCAUCACAUGUUUCAUUGUGGACCGGGACACAGAGGGGCUUGAGAUCGGAAAGAAGGAGAACAAGCUGGGCCUGAGAGCCUCUUCCACCUGUGCAGUCAACUUUGACAAUGUCAAGGUCCAUGAGAAGAAUAUCUUGGGUAAAGUGGGGCAAGGCUACAAAUAUGCCAUCGGGAUGCUGAAUGGGGGCAGGAUUGGCAUUGCAGCACAGAUGCUGGGCUUGGCUCAGGGCUGUUUUGAUCAUGCUGUUCCCUACACCAGGCAGAGAAUGCAGUUCGGUAAACGCAUCUUUGACUUUCAGGGAUUGCAGCAUCAGAUUGCCUACGUGGCCACUCAGCUGGAGGCAGCCAGACUGCUGACCUACAACGCUGCCCGACUGAAGGAGGCAGGACGACCCUUUGUUAAAGAGGCUUGCAUGUCCAAGUACUUCGCAGCAGAGGUUGCAACAUUAACCACGUCUAAAUGCAUUGAAUGGAUGGGAGGAGUGGGCUUCACAAAGGACUACCCCAUCGAGAAAUACUACAGAGACUGCAAAAUAGGUACCAUCUAUGAGGGAACGUCAAACAUUCAGCUGAGCACUGUGGCCAAGCUCCUCGAUCAGGAGUACAAUUCGUAAACCCAACAGUCCAUCUUUACGUGCUGCCGGCUUUCUCCCAUCCCUCGUCUGUAUGGAAGUCAGUAGCUGCACAUUGAGGCCUUUCCUAAACACUUAGAACUGUUGGUGUCUUUAAGUCAACCACAAGCAUCAUCUUCCAUUGUCCACCUCAUCGGAUGGGCAACUUGUCUUAGCAAGCUUUGGCCACUCGCACAGCUGAUGUGUGAAACAGUACAUCACACCAUUGUCCUAGUUGGACUUUGCUUAAAAAAAAAAAACAUGGCCCGCAAAAUUAUACAAUAAAAUAAACUUUGAGUCGCUUUAAACAGCAUUUCAAGAUCCGUUAAACUGACCAUAUAAUGGAAAACCAAUUUUCUUUAAUAAAAGAAAUACAGACAUAUGGAAACUAAGCUGGAGACAGUGACUUAUAGCAGACAGUUACCUAUAGCACUUUAGUCCUGACCCCUCACACUGAAGUUGUGGGGAGUGUUUCAGCCUAGGCAGCUUUUUGAAUGAGGCUCUAUACAGGACGUCCAAUCAGAGCAGACCGCAUUCACAUUUAUUACUCUUAAAGGUACAGUAAUAAAAACAGUUGAAUUUUAAGGGAUAAAUAGAGUUUUGUUUUGUGUUGUUUCGUUCUGUUUGUCCUCCUCACUGAUAAAGACACUAAUAAUGUGGCCUGAGCCUAGUAAAUGCAGCAUGAAGCUGUAAGGAAUCAGGUAUCAGGUUCAGCCAGAUCUCACUCACUGUAGACCAAUCUAAGGCAAACACAUUACAGUGAACCAACUAAACCGCUGAAAUUGUUUCAGAUUGAGCUUCUCAUUGGUUUAUAACUCUGGGCAGCUUCACAGCCGGUGGCUGUUCUAGAAUUGAGAUUACUUUAAGAUAGAUGGGAGUAAUAUGGUCUGUUUAGUGUUUGUUACUGAUCUACAAAUACAUAUACAUACAAAUACAGACCUGUGAUGAUGAAGUCAGUACAAUAACGAGCUCAGUAGGUAAUAAAAUCUUAUUAAAUGGUGUUUUGAAUGAUGAUUUGCAGUAAAUUCUGUCGAUUCAUUUCUUAGAGUGGGUUUGGGUUUAUUAGUCACUACUGUUUGCAGAUGUUGUGGAUGAGAUGUGCAUAAAUAAGAUUUCUGGAAA